AUGCUUGCCAAACCUUCCAACCACACAUCCGUCAAGGCCUCAACCGGGCCAAAGCCCCAACUGGGUCGUCCCGGUCUCCUGAGCCGGGUCGCCGCCAUCUGGAACAUCUUCUGGCUCCUUACCAAAGAUGAUUUAGUCACAUUUGUCCUCCCGACUACCACAUUUGGCAUCUUUGGUGCUCUCUCUGGACCCUCAUUUGUUCUACCUACCAGCCAGCCAUUCCAAGUCGUGCUGCGAUUGCCCAUGGUCAUUUUGUUCACCUGGUCCAAUCUUCUCAUCUUUGAACUCGCAAACCAACGACUACCCAGUUCCUUCGCUGAGGACGCUCUGAACAAACCAUGGCGACCCGGUCCCAGUGGCCUGGUGGGGCCGACCCAGUUGCGGCAGGCGAUGCUCUUCUGCAUACCAGCCGUCAUCGCCGUCCACUAUGCAGUGCUGGGGACGGGUCCCGAGGCCAUAGGCUUGGCCGUUCUCACUUGGCUAUAUAACGACCUGUCUGGGGGCGACGAGCACUGGGUUCUCCGGAACAUCAUCAUCGCUGCUGCAUUCGGUCUGUACAACAUGGGUUCCCUAAAGGUUGCCGCCGGGCUGCUGCCCGGCCAGCCGGGUGAUUUAACGGAGCAGGGCCACAUGUGGAUCCUGGCAGUCAGCGGCGUGAUUUUGUCCACAAUGCACGUACAGGAUCUCAAGGAUCAGGAGGGUGACCAAGCCAGGAAUCGCCAUUCUGCGCCCUUGGUUCUGGGAGACUGGAUUUGUAGAUGGACGGUUGCUUUACCCGUAAUCUUCUGGUCCUUGUUCUUGCCACGGUACUGGGGAUUUUCUACACUGGGAGUGUCAUGCGGCACAUUUUUGAUGGGUUUAUGGGUAGCGUUCAGAUGUAUGGCCUACUCGGACAACAAGGCCGACAAGCGAACAUGGGAAAUCUGGGCACUGUGGAUUGUUUCGUUGUACGCAUUGCCCUGGCUAGUAUACACUUUACGGGAGGACGCAUAA